AUGCGUCGCAAGUAAAAACAAAAAAAGCGCCCAGAAUCUCUGAACCCACUUCAAACCCCCUUCACAUUCUUCAACCCCAAAAUUUGAGAAACCCUCCAUCAAUUUACAGUCACAGAAUCUCUCAAUUGAUUUUUCAGAGCCCAAAUCUCUCUUUCGAUUGAAAAUGUGAACGAUGCAGAAAGAAAACGACCCAAGAAGAAGACCCAGUAUGUUCAAGAUGAGAUUCCGACGCUCAGCCUCGACGAAAGAAGAGGAGGCGGCGGUCAGACCCGACCCGAGAAGCCCAUUAAAGCCGCUGAAGCUAAACCGGAGGUCGGCGAGCUGGUCCGACACGUGGCUCAAGAACCCGACUUCGCUCAAGAAUGUCGUCAUGGCUAUGCAGCUCGGCUCGCCCAGAUUGAAGCCGCCGCCGGCGAAUACCCUAGUCUCGGAAUCUGGAAAUUCCGACCCGACGGCGCGGUUGUCCGAUGAGAUUCUCCUCAGGAUUCUGGCCAAGCUGCCGGAGAAUGAUCGGAAGCCGAGCGCCGAGGUCUGCAAGCGGUGGCUGAGCCUCCAUGGAAGGCUGGUGAGGUCGGCGAAGGUCAAAGACUGGAGCUUUGUCGAGUCGGGUCGGGUCAUUUCACGGUUUCCGAAUCUGACCGAGGUUGAUCUGGUGCCCGGGUCAGUGAUAUCGGACCGGAACUCCGGGAUUCUGUUAAAUAACGGAGCUUUUUCGGUUCCGGUGGCUUGCUCCGGCCACCGGGUUUUCGAGGCCGACUGUGAUUUGGUCCCUGGUGAAGUUGUGGAUAGAGGGCUUGGUGAGUUGGGGAGUGGGUGCCCCAAUUUGAAGAAGCUAGUUGUGAUUGGGGCUAGUGAGUUAGGGUUGCUUAGUGUAGCACAAGAGUGCCUUACAUUGCAAGAAUUGGAGUUACACAAGUGUAAUGACAAUUUGCUUAGAGGGAUUGCAGCCUGUGAGAAUUUACAGGUGUUGAAGUUGGUGGCUAAUGUGGAGGGGCUGUAUGGCUCUGUGGUGUCGGAUAUCGGGCUGACGAUUUUGGCUCAGGGGUGUACUAGGCUGGUGAAGCUUGAGCUCAGUGGGUGUGAGGGGAGCUUUGAUGGGGUGAAGGCAAUUGGGCAGUGUUGCCAGAUGUUGGAGGAGUUGAGUUUUUGUGAUCAUAGGAUGGAUGGGGGGUGGCUGGCUGCGCUGUCGUAUUGCGAGAAUUUGAAGACUCUGAGGUUUCAGUCUUGUAAGAGGAUAGAGGUUGUUCCGGGGCCGGAUGAGUAUUUGGGGGCAUGUCCUGCUUUGGAGAAGCUGCAUUUGCAGAAGUGUCAGAUGAGGGAUAAGAGUAGUGUGAGAGCUUUGUUUAUGGUGUGUGCAGCUGCUAGAGAGAUUGUGUUUCAGGACUGCUGGGGAUUGGACAAUGAUAUGUUCAGGCUGGCUAGUAUUUGCAGGAGGGUGACUUCCCUGUCUCUAGAAGGAUGCUCACUUCUGACAACAGAAGGUCUGGAGUCUGUGAUUAUCUAUUGGAAGGAGCUUGAAUGUCUUAGAGUAGUAUCAUGCAAGAAUAUAAAAGACAAGGACAUAUCUCCGACCCUGUCAAUCCUGUUCUCUACUCUCAAAGAUAUGCAAUGGAGACCUGACACCAAAUCUCUUCUUCCAUCAAGCAUUAUCGGAACCGGUCUUGGGAAGAAAGGCAGUAGAUUUUUCAGGAAAAACAGAGACUUGAAGUUUCUGUUUGAUGCACCUUGAUCUUAUACUGAACGAUCCGUGUCAAAGCUGCUAUAAAUCUUCAUAUGAAGACUAUCUGACUCUGUUGUCCAUUUGGGCUAAACACAGUUGCUUUCAGUGGAAGAUUGUAUUUAGUUUCUUCCUUUCCCAUUAAGGGAAUUGCUUACCUGGCAACUCUUCUUGCCAGGAUUCUAGCUCUGCUCAGUUAUUCUUAUUUCGAUGUAGUCUGGUGCUCUGAAAGAA